AUGCAAUUACCCACCGAUACUUUCAAAAUUGAACGUGUUAUCGAAGAGGCCAGUGUUGUUUUACACAUAGUAAUCUUUUCACCUCAUGAUCAAUUUAUUAUGGAAAAGCAAUCAGGACGUAUAAAAAAUAAUGAAUUAUCAACCCUGCGUGUUCAAACUAUGCAACAAUUCUGUGAAAAAUUCGAUAGUCAUUUGUAUUCAAUUGUUUCAGAUAAAUAUACUUUACCUAUUGAAAAACGUUUAAUGGUUUUAAAAUGGGAUGAUAUUCGUGUCAAUAAUUCUGGAUCAACUGAUCAUACUUAUGGAUUAGAUUCAUUUGAGCAAGAAGAUAAACCAUCGUUAUGUCUACCUUCAGUUUCAGUUGAUUCAUUCAUAUCAUCAUUUCGUACAAUGUUAUUAAGACUAAAUAAUUCAUUUUGUAAUUGUUUAACUAUAUCAUUUAUUGAAACUGAUUCAUCAUUAAUAUUAUCUUCAUCACAUGUAAAUCUAUUUGCAUUUGUUUUUAAAUAA